AUCAAAAUCCAUUCAUCAUCUGUUUUACACAUCAUCAUCAUCUUCUUCUUCCUCUCGCCCCACCUCUGAAAGCGAAACCCUAUUUUUCAUUUUUUUUUCAUAAAAUCCGAAGAAAAAAAUCCCUAAAUACUGUCAGCGCUACUUCCCCAAACCCAAAAUCCGACGUAUUAACCUUUUUUUUUUUUUUUUCUUCUGAAGUCUCUUCUCGGGUUCGGGUGUGAUGGGUGCGAGCCGGAAAUUACAAGGCGAGAUAGAUCGGGUUCUUAAGAAGGUUCAAGAAGGUGUUGAUGUUUUCGACAGCAUCUGGAACAAGUGGAAUGUAUAUGAUACAGACAAUGUCAACCAAAAGGAAAAGUUUGAGGCGGACUUGAAGAAGGAAAUCAAGAAGUUGCAGCGCUACAGAGACCAGAUCAAGACUUGGAUUCAGUCUAGUGAGAUCAAAGAUAAAAAAGUCAGUGCGUCAUAUGAGCAAUCUCUGGUUGACGCUCGGAAGCUUAUUGAGAAAGAGAUGGAGAGGUUUAAAAUUUGUGAGAAAGAGACUAAGACAAAAGCCUUCUCCAAGGAAGGACUGGGUCAGCAACCUAAAACUGAUCCAAAAGAAAAAGCAAAGUCAGAGACAAGGGAUUGGUUGAACAAUGUGGUGAGUGAACUUGAGUCGCAGAUUGAUAGCUUUGAAGCUGAGUUGGAAGGACUAUCUGUCAAAAAAGGAAAGACAAGACCACCCAGAUUGACUCAUCUUGAGACAUCUAUUACAAGGCACAAGGAUCACAUAAUAAAGUUGGAACUGAUCUUGAGGCUUCUGGACAAUGAUGAAUUAAGUCCAGAACAAGUAAAUGACGUCAAAGAUUUUCUGGACGAUUAUGUGGAACGAAAUCAGGAUGAUUUUGACGAAUUCAGUGAUGUCGAUGAGCUCUAUAGCACGUUGCCACUAGAUGAGGUAGAGGGUCUUGAAGAUCUAGUUACUGCUGGCCCCCUUGUAAAGGGUACUCCUUUGAGCAUGAAGAGUUCUUUGGCAGCGACAGCAUCUCAAGUUCGGAGCAUAAGUUUGCCAACUCAUCAUCAGAGUACUUCUCAAGAUAAAACAGAGGAUACGUCUUUACCAGAUAGCAACGCUGAGACGGUUCCGAGAACCCCUCCCCCAAAGAAUGGCGCAGGCCUUCACUCAGCACCAUCAACACCUGCUGGGGGACGUCCAAGUUUGAACGUGCCUGCUAGUAAUGUUCCAAAUGCAUCAGUUCCCUUGUCAACUUCUAUUCCUGCUCAAAUUUCCACAGAAAGCAUGGGAAGUUUGUCUCCUGUGGCUGCCAAGGAAGAAGACGCAACAACCUUGCUUUCUCGUAAACCACCCUCAUCUGUUGCUGAUGCUACAUUAAGGGGCAUUGGGAGAGUUAGUAUCCCCAACCAGCCCCAACCAAGCCAGCCUCCGUCUCCAAUUCCAGCUAACGGGUCUCGCAUUAGUGCAACUUCAGCUGCUGAGGUUGCAAAGAGAAAUAUAAUGGGAGUUGAGAGCAACAUCCAACCUCUAACUUCUCCACUGAGCAAAAUGGUAUUGCCACCAACUGUGAAGGUUAAUGAGGGAACUGUCUCUGAUAGUAACCCUGGUGAUGUUGCGGCUAGUAUUGGUAGAGCUUUUUCACCAUCUAUUGUAUCUGGUUCGCAGUGGAGGCCUGGUAGUCCCUUUCAGAAUCAGAAUGAAACGGUCCGUGGGAGAACUGAAAUAGCACCCGAUCAAAGAGAGAAAUUUUUACAGAGGUUACAGCAAGUACAGCAAGGCCAUGGUAACCUCUUAGGCAUGCCUUCUCUAUCUGGAGGAAACGAGAAGCAGUUUUCUUCACAACAGCAAAAUCCUCUCUUACAGCAGAGCUCUGCCAUCUCUCCUCAUGGAAGCUUGGGAAUCGGAGUUCAGGCACCAGGUUUUAAUGUCAUGAACUCUGCCUCCUUACAGCAGCAGUCAAAUGUAAUGACUCAACAAUUGGGUCCCCAGUCUUCUGUUGCAGAUGUAGACCAUCCCAGAAAUGAUGAUCAACCGCAGCAAAACUUACCUGAUGAUUCAACUUCCAUAACAGCAUCAAAAACAAUUCCAAAUGAGGAUGAUUCUAAAGUUCUAUUUGAUACCCCGUCGGGAAUGCCCAGCUACAUGUUGUAUGAUUUUGAACAGAGGAACCCAGCAAUCACACCUUCAACAUUUCCCCAAACACAAGCACCAAUCAUAAACAACCCUGUGCUCUGGGAACGUUUAGGCAGCGACGCUUAUGGGACGGAUACUUUGUUCUUUGCGUUUUACUAUCAGCAGAACUCAUAUCAGCAAUAUCUAGCUGCAAAAGAGCUGAAGAAACAGUCGUGGAGAUACCACAGAAAGUUCAACACUUGGUUUCAGAGACAUAAAGAGCCAAAGAUUGCAACCGAUGAGUAUGAACAAGGAGCUUAUGUUUAUUUCGAUUUCCAAACCCCCAAAGAUGAGAAUCAAGAGGGAGGAUGGUGUCAGAGGAUCAAAAACGAGUUCACGUUUGAAUACAGUUAUCUUGAAGAUGAACUCGCCGUAUAGAAUAGAGAAUAUGUAUGUUAUAUACUCUUGAGCGAAGUGCUGUUUCCUGCCUCUCUAUUUGUAGUCUUCUUUGCAAUAAAUUACUACAGUAAUUACUUUUAGUUUCAAAGUUUGAAUUCUUAGUUGAUGGCUCUCAACUAAA